GACGUGAACCAGCUGUACAAGGUUGGCUAGGGGCGUAUACUCUACUUACAUUGUACCGGCAGACGAUACUGAGUACGGGAUUACUGCCUGAAAAAUGCCAAAGCAAAAAUCAAAGAAGAACAACCGUCAUGUGCCUUAUGCUGUUGGUUUCAAACCACCCCCUGAACAGGCAAAGAUCAAAGCAAUUGGAUCUUGUCCAAUAGUUCCAGAAUUAGAUCCACAGUCCUCUGAUGGUUUUGAAUUUUUUCCUCCCAUUCCCCAGCCAACAAGCAUUGAUGACUGGCUUGCCCAGUAUAACGAGGAAGGACAGUCGUAUUGGGAUUAUCUUAAACAAAGUCCUUGGCUUUCAAAGAGAAAGUUGAAGUACAUGCCACAAUUAUUUGUGCACAAUGGAAGAACUAUUUUGGAGAAAUAUCCAAAUGGUAAAAUAUACCUGCUGCCUCUUGGUGACUUUACUGGUGAAAAUUGUGUUAAGUUUAAAUACUUGAUUGAAUUUUCUCAGAUCUACUUGGGUAUACCUGUGGUUGAAUUACCAGGAAUUGCCCUUGAAGAAGAAAAUCAUAAAAUUUUCUGGACAGAAAAUCCUGAAGAUCGACCAAUAUAUGGCAAGAGGUCAAGUGCUCGAAAAAGAAAAUUUGAAAUAAAUUCCAGAUUCCAUCCAGCAACAAAACGUAUACAAUUGAAAAUGGAUGAGACAUUAUUGCGUUUGAAGAGCCUUAUCCCAGCAGAUGCUAUCUGCAUGGUUGGCCUGACAAUGUAUGAUCUCUACGGAGAUGACACAGACCUUUUUGUAGCAGGAAUGGCAGCUGGGAAUCAUCGCGUUGCAGUGUUCAGUUUCAAUAGGUAUGACCCAGCUCUUACUUUUUCCAUUGAAAAGUGGUAUGACAUCACUUGUAACAGCUCCAUGAGUUCUAGUGAACGAAGAAAACUGAUUUUGCAACGAAGCUGUAAGCUGUUGGUUCAUGAAAUUGGACAUCUGCUGGGCAUCGAUCACUGUAUAUAUUAUGACUGCUGUAUGAAUGGAUCGGGCCACUUGACUGAGGACUUCAGACAACCCAUGCACUUGUGUCCUGUUGAUCUUCACAAGCUGCAUACACUAGUGGGAUUUGAUGUUGUCAGCAGGUAUCAAGCUCUCGCUAAGUUCUACAUGGAUCACAAAAUGGAUGAAGAACAUAAUUGGGUAAUUAAGAGGAUUGAAUUCAUCUUGAACCAAUCAAAAACAUGA